AUUGAAAAUUAUGAGGAUAGUGAAAAUGAAGAUAAUUAUUCAUUACAAUUUAAUCUUGCUUCAAUUAUCAUUGGAAAUUACAAAUCUAAAAAGCUUGAAACUGUAACAUUGUCUUUUAACUCUGACAAUGAUGCAAUUUGUUUUGGACUUGAUUGUGGGAGAUUGGAUAUUCAGUUUAUGGGUGUUGAAUCUUAUGAACGAGAGGACCGAAAGAUUUGUUUAAAAUUACGUAAUGAUAUAGUUAAAUGGAUCUUGCCAGUUCAAACAAAAAUUACUGAAAACGAAAUUACAAUCUCCAUUGAUCCAACUUGUGGUGAAUUGUUAAAGGCAGAUAGAAUUAUUAUGUUCGUUGCAGAUUAUGAAAAAGUAUCAGCUUUGGAUAGGGAAUUUCGUCGUAUUCAAGUAAAAGCUUUCCAUUCAACUUCGCUCGCCUUUCAAUUUCAAAAAGGAGACGAAGAGAUCGAGGUAAUAGUCGAAUAUAAAACCAUCCGUCAUUUUCACUACAUCCCUCUUGAAAUGAAUUUUACUCAAUUUCUCAUAAUUCUGCGACGAGAGUUUCACUCACAACAAAUUCACCCACCAUUACGAUAUGUACCGGGCAGUUCUGGGGCUAUUGGUAUUUACAAUGAGGAGGAUUGGUGCUGUUAUAAAUUAGAAGCCGCGAGGAGGCAACGCAUGAAGAAAGAGAUUUUGGAUGUAUUCUUAGAUGAUUAA